CAUUGUGGAAACAGGAUGAAGUUAACCAGUGAAAAGUUGCCCAAGAGCCCCUUUUAUACCUCUUUAUCCCAGUAUGGUGCUAAGAAGCCAAAAUUCUUCCAAUGGAGGAAGGAAAAGACUGAUCGUUACAACCAUGCGAAUUUGGUGGAUAAGGCAUUGCAGCUCUUGAAGGAAAGAAUAAGAAGAGGGGAUGCUCUGGCAUAUUUCCUCCGAGGCCAACUAUAUUUUGAAGAGGGAUGGUAUGAAGAAGCAUUAGAACAGUUUGAAGAAAUCAAGGAAAAAGACCAUCAAGCAACUUACCAGCUAGGAGUAAUGUAUUAUGAUGGCCUGGGGACACCUACAGACGCUGAAAAAGGAGUGGAAUAUAUGAAGAAAAUUGUUGAUUCUCCAUGUCCCAAAGCAAGACACUUAAAAUUUGCAGCUGCCUACAACCUUGGAAGAGCUUAUUAUGAAGGGAAAGGCGUCAAACGAUCAGAUGAGGAAGCUGAAAGACUGUGGCUUUUUGCUGCAGACAAUGGAAAUCCAAAAGCUAGUGUGAAGGCUCAAAGUAUCCUAGGAUUGUAUUAUUCAACAAAAGAGCCUAAAGACUUAGAAAAGGCAUUUUAUUGGCACUCGGAAGCAUGUGGCAAUGGAAAUCUGGAGUCCCAGGGUGCACUUGGACUCAUGUAUUUUUACGGACAAGGCAUCCGCCAGGACACUGAAGCUGCCCUGCAGUGCUUAAGAGAAGCAGCGGGACGUGGAAAUGUCUAUGCUCAAGGGAGUCUUGUGGAGUAUUACUAUAAGAUGAAAUUUUUUACUAAGUGUGUUACAUUUUCCAAAAGGAUUGCUGACUACGAUGAGGUCCAUGACAUCCCCAUGAUAGCGCAGGUCACGGACUGUCUCCCGGAAUUCAUCAUCAGAGGCAUGGCCAUGGCAUCUUUCUAUCAUGCCCGAUGCCUUCAGCUUGGCUUGGGUGUCACAAAGGAUGAAGCAACAGCUAAACACUACUAUUCUAAAGCUUGUCAUCUGAAUCCCGCAUUGGCAGAUGAACUUCACUGUUUACUUAUUCGUCAAAGAAUUUAG